AUAGCCAAGAUGUUACCAGGGCAUUGAAUCUCGGUAAUAGAUGUGAGAUUCGUAUCCCGUUGGUUCGUUCCCAUUAGGCCCCGCUUACCUAGUUGGUAUAACACCGAUAUCUAGGAUGCAGAAUAUCCUAAAGGGCAUUGAUUGCCUGGGGUUUACAAAUUUAGAAUUAAACCAGCUCAACGCCGUCUACAACUCUAUUUGACCAUUCACCAAAGACACCGCAAACAUGUCAACACACACCGUACCGUUUGUCAUUGGUGGCGAGGAGCACCUCGUCGAGAAGACCUUCGAUUUGAUAUCGCCUGACACCGGUAAGGUCUUACACAAAUGCGGUAUAGCAACAGAGGAAGACGCUCGCGCAGCUAUCGAGGCUGCCGCAGCUGCUGGUCAGCAAUGGCGAAAUUCGUCAAUAGCCGAGCGUCGGGAUAUUAUUCUCAGAGCAGCUGAGAUCAUAGACCGCAGAAAGGAGGAGUUAGCUAAAUAUCUACUCGACGAAGUUGGGGCUGAGCGUGGCUUGGCCGACUUCAACCUCACCACUAUCGUUAAUAUGACCAAGGAUGUAGCAGGGCGAGUAAGUGCUGUAGAAGGCAGCAUUCCCCCAUGCGGUCCGGGCCGCACAGCUCUCCUCGUGAAAGAACCGUACGGCGUUGUAUUAGCAAUGGCGCCUUGGAACGCGCCAUAUAUCCUAGGCCUCCGCGCAGUACUCUACCCCAUUGCGGCUGGCUGUACGGUUGUUUUCAAGGGAUCCGAAUUGUCGCCACGUAGCCAUCAUGCUAUCGUGUCCAUCCUCUACGAGGCCGGCUUACCUAAAGGAGUGCUGAAUUACAUAGUAACCGACCCGGCCCACGCGCCAUCGGUAACCGAGUAUUUGAUCUCAAGUCCACAUGUCAAAAAGAUCAACUUCACCGGAAGCACCGCGGUGGGGAAGAUCAUCGCAAAGAUAGCGGGUCAGUACCUAAAACCGCUCGUCCUGGAACUCGGCGGCAAGGCACCAGCUAUCGUAUGGGAAGACGCCAACUUGGGCCUCGCUGCCGAACAGUGCGCCCUGGGGGCGUUCGUUUUCUCCGGACAGGUGUGCAUGAGCACGGAGAGGAUCAUCGUUCAUAAGAAGAUCAGCGAUGCAUUCAAAGAGAAGCUAGUUGCAACCAUCGAGAACAUGUUCCCGUCAAAGGGCGAUGCCCCAGUCUUGAUCAGUUCUCGAAGCGUCGACAAGAACAAAAACCUCCUAAAGGAUGCGAUCAGCAAGGGCGCCGUUGUCCUCCACGGGAACGUAGAUGCCACGGAAAGUUCCAAGACAAGGAUGAGGCCGAUAGUCGCCGGUAAGGUGACAUCUGACAUGGACCUGUACAAGCAGGAAUCAUUCGGCAUGUCUGUCAGCUUUAUCGAAGUAGAAACGGAAGAAGAGGCGUUGCGAAUAGCCAACGAUACCGAAUACGGCCUCGCAUCCGCCGUGUUCACCGAGGAUCUGAAGGUUGGCCUGCGAUUUGCACGGGGUAUAGAGACCGGCGCGGUUCAUAUAAAUAAUAUGACCGUGCACGAUGAACCGACAUUACCUCACGGAGGAACUAAGGAGAGCGGAUACGGGCGGUUUAACUCCCUGAACGGGAUAGAAGAAUGGGUCAGAACGAAGACCAUCACCUGGAGAAACUAGCAGCUUUACAACGUAAUAGCAAAGUGAGAACUAGAAGUCAGAAUAUAGAUGCACGACUUUGAAUAUUGUUUGAACAUUGUUAGCAGUAAAUUUCUCAGUAUAUGCUAAGACGUUGAGGAAUAAUACGGAAAAGAAAAAUCAUGUAAUGGUAAAACCCGACGUCCAGGACGAAGACCACAGAAUUGAACUUUGCAUUGUACCUGAUGUACCUAGGUACCUAACAUUGGCCCAAGCUCCCUUAAGC